AAAACAGGCAGCCGAAUCAGCUGACUGGAGGCAGGGAGACCGAUGCUCGGGUUAGUUUUAGACAGCACAUAUUCUGUCCUCGAAACAGGGAGGGAAGAGACGUGGGAGCUCAGAGCCGCUCGCGCCUCCGCACCCGGCAGCAGCGCAGCCAUGGCACCCCGGAUAAGACUGAGUCUUUCAAAGCCUCUCCCAACCAUACGUGAAACCCACGAGGAAGCAAUGGAAGAUUCAACCAGCAACCCGAAGCGCAUCGGAAGCACUGCUGCCAGCCCAGACUCAUACUCCAGCGAUGAUUACGUUCAAUCCAUCUGCCACCUCGCCAGACCCACCUUCCCGGGCUUUCCUGAAAGCAUCCGUAAGGUUCAGGACAGAAAAACCCUGAAGACCCUUGACGACAAGUCAUGGUCCCCAUCACAGCAGGAAACAUCAAAAUGUAAAUUGUCCGACUUCAUCUCAAAUGUGGUGCCGCUGGGAAAAGUCACACCUGCAGAAGGUGACUUCUGGUCCAGAGAAGACCCCCUGGCACAGAUUUACACCCAGGCAGGAAAGCUCUGUUCCUCCAAGGCUUCCUUGUACGGUAAAAGCUCCAGCACUGGUUACUCACAGUGCAACUCCUCCUCCCCAGACAGUGAAGUUCAUCCCCCAACCAUGAAAGGAAAAGCCACAGGAAACCCCAAUUUGCAACGAGUGCUCAGUUUUCCAAGGCUUCCCUCCCCAAGACCAGUGCAGAAAGAAGGGGUCUGCUCAGAGCUGAGGUAUCUCAGAAGAGCUGAGGGAGCAGUUUUCGGGAGUAACCAGAGUCAGAAAGAAACCGGCUCCAUGUUCGUUACCAGUGAAGAGCCAUCGCUGUGCUCAGCCAGAGGGAAGCUGCUGGGAAACCCGGUCCUGCGCUGUUCUGUAAGAAAGCAGAGUUGUUUGUUCAGUACAGAAGGCACCGAUGAAAAAGAAGGGAGAGAAACUUCUCAAAGUGACCAAAACCUAGCGGGUGGUGUCCCCACUAAGCAGAGAUACCCUGAGUCCUUCCAGGGAGCUAAAAAAGCCAUGAUUCAUAACUGGAUUUCAGAGCACAGAUGCCUCUGGAAAGAAGCGAAGCUAAAAGCUUGUUUGCUCCCAGCCAUUGCUGAAGUGUGAAGAAAUAGCUGCUCAGAAUAAUUUUAUUCACAAGAAAUAACCACCCUGUGCUCUAGAAGCUCUCCCUGGAGUCCCUACACAGAAAACAUGGCUUGAAAUGUGCAUGCAAGUCAGGCAGUUUUGUGACCCAUCAUAUCCCUCUUCAGUGGGCAAAGGGACGAUUCAGAGUCUCAUCCACUACAGAAAUGGCAAGUAAUUCCCAUUCUGGAAAGGCAACAGUUCAUAAAGCAUCUCCUUCCACCUAUUGCCCAGAACUGCCCUGAGCACGAAGAGCUGGAGAACAUAAACCCCAUCUGUUCUGGAGGAGAAGAAAUCUGCGGGAACGUCAAACUACUGGUGUUUUCUGGCAAAUGCUGAACAGCCAGAUGUUUCUCACUCCUGGGUACAGUUAUUCUGCAAGGAACAGUUUGACCGAUGUGUGGACAGGACUAAAUGAGCUCUCUCUGACAUAUACAUUUACCAGGAGACCCACUGUAGAUCAUUCCGUCAAGACCAGGGUGCCACCUGGCCACCUGUUAGUGCAGAACCAUAAAGAAAUAGCUUUAAAAAAAACGUAAGAAGUCUUUUAUGAGGAUUUGCUAGAGGGCAAAAUGGAGAAUAUUAGAACUCUCAUGAGUAGGGAUUUUCCUCUUGCUUACCCCUGGCACAACUCUGUUCCCUUUGCUCCGGGAUUUACCCUUGGCAGGAGGAGAGACAGGAGCCAGUGCUGUGGCUGUCCUGGAGCUGUCAC